GCUCAAUAUUAUAGACAACUUUUACAAUUUAAAUUAGAUCAAUUUAAUACAACUUAUAAUACUGAUGUAUUAGCUAAAAAAAUUGAUAUUUUAAAAACAGAAAUUUUGAAAUCUUCAAAAUUUGAAGAGUUAUUAGUACUAUCAAUACUAUCAACACUAUCAUCAAAUAGUACUAUUACUAAUGAUUUUAAUAUAACUUUACAAAAUAAAGAAGAAAAAACUAUUCAAAAUUUAAUUAACUAA